GUGUCCGGGAACCUGGGCUGCUCACGGCCGCGGCGCACCGUUCGGGAGGUCCUGGCCCACCUAGGCCGAUGCGCGCGCGCGCGCCGGGCCGCUCCCUGCAGCACGCCGGCUCCGUCCUCGCUUCAGACCACUCCUAUUCUUUGGCUGACCCCUGGUGGCCACGUGGAGCUGUUCGCCACGCAAGUCUGGGUCCUUCGGCGGGCGACCGGGGUCCUUGCUGCCUCGGAGCCGCUCCUGGGCUGCCUGCUCGCGCGAGAGUUUGGAGGGGCGGGUCGGGGUCGGCGCGCGGUGGGGGCUCGCACGGCCGUGCACCCGAUCCCCGCUUCGGCGUCACUUGGGGUCCGGCAGCCGGGUCGGGGCGGUCGCCGGGCACCGGUGUCUGGAAGGCAGCGAAGUGCUCCGGAUAAGCCCGGACAGCCCUCAGCCAGGUGCAGUUUCGGGCCACCGGGGCCAAAGUGAGCGUCCGGCGGUAUUGCAGCGCCCGGGCCACGGCGGCGGCCCCGGGAGCAGAGGUGGAGCUACCCCAUCAUGCUCAAGAAGAAAGGCUGGGGUUGGCUGGCCCUGCUUCUGGGGGCCCUGCUGGGAACUGCCUGGGCUCGGAGGAGCCAGGAUCUACACUGUGGAGCUUGCAGGGCUCUGGUGGACGAACUAGAAUGGGAAAUUGCCCAGGUGGAUCCCAAGAAGACCAUUCAGAUGGGAUCUUUCCGGAUCAAUCCUGAUGGCAGCCAGUCAGUGGUGGAGGUGCCUUAUGCCCGCUCAGAGGCCCACCUCACAGAGCUGCUAGAGGAGAUAUGUGACCGGAUGAAGGAGUAUGGGGAACAGAUUGACCCUUCUACCCACCGCAAGAACUACGUUCGUGUAGUGGGCCGGGAUGGAGAAUCCAACAAAUUGGACCUGCAAGGCAUCCGGAUUGAUUCAGAUAUCAGCGGCACCCUCAAGUUUGCGUGUGAGAGCAUUGUGGAGGAAUACGAAGAUGAACUCAUUGAAUUCUUUUCCCGAGAGGCUGACAAUGUAAAAGAUAAACUUUGUAGUAAGCGAACAGAUCUAUGUGACCAUGCCCUGCACAUAUCUCACGAUGAGCUAUGAACCCCUGGAGCAGCCCAGACUGGCUUGAUGGAUCACCCCCAGGAGGGGAAGAUGGUGGCAAUGCCUUUUAUAUUAUGUUUUUACUGAAAUGAACUGAAAAAAUAAGAAACCAAAAAUACAAACUGUGUUGUCUUUUCAUGCCUGCAAUCAGCUCUUACAGUAAGUUUGAAGAUAGGGGAUUACAGACAGGAAAGAAAACAGAAGGGAAAAAAGUUUUGGGAUUGGUGUGGGACAAAGAUAGGAGGAGCCUGAACCUUUUAUUCUUUUACCUUCUAAGAUUCUGCCUACUCAUAAACUAGAAAAGCAUUUAUUCAGUGCCUACUCAAUACCAUGUGUUUACAAUCUCAUUAUGCAGGAGAAUAACCUCUAUGAAUAAACUCGGAAACAUGAGUGUAAGGUAGCAUAGGACUCUCAAAAUUCCUUAUAUUCUUGUUGAUGAAACUGGGCUUGGUCUCGAAGGAAAUAAUGGACAUGCGUUAUUCUUCCCUCCCUGCCCUUCCAGAUGGAGGGACCAGCAAGAGCAGAGACAGGAAGGGGAAAAUGGAUGUGACCAACUCAGCUGAGAAGUAAGGGCUUUAUUGGAUAGGGACAGAUGAGGUAAGGAAUGUUAUUUAUGAAAGGCAUUCUUGCUAGCCUAAACUUUUAGAUUUGAUGCCAGCAGCAACAAUAAAGUAUAUCUUUCCUGUCUCUGUCACUAACCAUUGUCAAUCUGGACCAUAAGUCUGUCCCCGCUUUAUGUGUGUAGAGAUUUUAUACUGGGGCAAGGGAUGAAAACCUAAAGGAUGCCUUAUUUUGGAAAAUUCUUAAACACCCUAAGGUAUUGCUGUCUCGGGGUUUGGAAUGGAACGUCUCUGUCCCAGGAUUGCCUUGAGUACAUUUGAAUAAACAUUUCAAAUAUUUAAAAAA